AUGACCGGUAAUCAACCUGUCCAUAUCAACACUAAUUUUGCGCCAAAAAAUGGCCUAACCCAAUCUUCUACUGAAAAUGAAAAGAUCAUUGCUUCUCUCCGUAUUUCUUUGGAAUCUUUCAUAGAAAAGCUCGCUGCAACUAACAAUACCUUUGAAGUUUUGCGUUCUAAAAUAGUUCUUUCUAGCCAUGACAAUGUUUCUGACCCUACAUCCAAUAGUACCCAACAACCAACUGACCGUAUAAGCUUGACCCAAAAUAUACUAGAUCUUGAUGAAGAGAUUGAUGCCCUUCUUGCUUUUAUUGGAUCUCAAUUUUCAGUCUGGAUUUUUGAUGACUUUGUUAAUUCUACUUCGCUCCAAAACACUCUAUGGAAAUCGUUUUAUUACACAGUAAUUAAAAGCUAUCAACAUCAUGUUGUUGACCGACCAAAUAAUUUUACUUUUCCCACUGAAGCCGAAAAUGAGCAAGCUCGUCAACUUGCUCGUAAUCGGUUCAUUAAGCUUUGCAAACAUAUCAGCCACUACUAUAAAGUACUCAUUACUAGAAUGGUGGAAAUUUAUGGAUACACACCUCAAAUUUUAUAUGUGGUCUCAGUUCUUCAGGUAGAGCCUGAAAAUUUAAACACUUCACCUAGAGCCAACCAAUCAGUCACACCAAUUUUGCAUACAUCUAUACAUGAUUCUUUAUGCCAUAUGGGCGAUUUAUCCCGAUACCGCUCCAUGCUCCAUCCCAGCUCUAAUGAAAUUUCGCUCGAUUAUAAUCACUCGAUUAUUUAUUAUACUACCGCUUCCAAAAUCAGACCUAGUUCGGGUAUUCCCUUGAAUUUACUUGGAAAUAUUAGUUUUUCUCGUGGAGACGUGUUCACUGCAACCUAUUACUUUUUGCGUUCUGUUGCAGUUGAUGAACCAUUCCAAGAUGGUCCAGCUAAUUUGAGAAUUAUUCUCAGAAAACUAGUCAAGUUAAAAAAUCUCUCAGAAAAGCCAAUUUUUGGUUUAAGAGAGGUUGAUGAAAACGAUUCCUUCAAUGAUAUUGAUAAUGAAAAUUCGGUGACUGGUAACUCUCAGAAAGAUGUAAAGGAAACCCUUUUGCAGAUCAUUCAGCUUUACAGUACCUAUUACUUAGCCCAGCUUCCUUCCAAAACAUCAUCUGACCCUUUUAAGUUUUAUGAUCCUAAUUCGGAAGACCGUCAGCAAGAAUUCACUGAUAGGCUUUACGAACUUUGUAAGGACCGAGAGAUUCCCAGCAGAAUUAUUUCUAAACUUGUCAUCAUUGCUAUUACUUUUGUUUGGUUACUACAUCAAUCCUGCGAUGCUGAUAGCAAAAGAGACUCUAAGAAGGUGAGUAAUGCUGUGUUGACUCCCCAAAAGGCAUACAAACUUGUAGUGGGCUUCACUCUACGCAUUUUUGAUAAGCUUCUUUCUGCUGCCCUUCGUAAUGUUUCUGUUGUUGGAGAUCGCAAAAAGCUCGCCUCAGGAAUGGCUUCGCUUUUGCCCGCUUUUAGAAUUUUAAUGGAUUGGCUUCAUAAGCAAUUAGCAGGUUCAGCUAUUACGGAAUGGGGCCAAGAUUCGACUCAGUGCAAUGCAAUUUUUUUGAAAGCUUGGCAGUUGCUUGAACAUUUACGAGAAGUUUAUGGUUUCAAAUUUGAUAUUUCAACUGCUGUUGCUCGUUCAAACUGGGAUAGAUUUGAAGAGAUUUUAAAGCGUCAAAAGGAAAAUGUUUCUCAAGAAGUUGGCAAAAAGGUUUUAGCCGAAAAUUACGAGGAGACUCAUUGCUUGGGAUUAACACCUCUCGAUGGAGGAAUCAGUGACACUCCCACAGGUCUUGAUCCGGCUGAAUCCUUGUUGCGUACCGAACAGGACCUUUACCGUUCACAGUGUCUCUUGUUUUCAGGUGUUGAAAUUAGCCGUCUUUACUUGACAUUUUUGAGCCUUGACGAGUUCAAGGGCCAAGACUCUCAUUUUAGCUUUGAGCCUAUUGAUUUUGAAAGCGUUGUUUUUGCCUCUGAAAAAGAAGAAGAAGAAGCUGUGGGGGAAGAAGAAGAAUCUCAACCAUUUCAGUAUGCUGAUAUACCAAGGGCUCCCCAAGGAUUUGGUAAAAGCCCGAUUAAUGAUAAACAGCAUUCUGAAAGUAAUACUGGAAGCCAAUUUUCUAGUUGUCUUAACAAUGCUGAAGAGGAAGUUGUCGAUGAAUCUGAGUACUACAAGAUUGGUCGAAAUGAUGCUGUUUUUAAAAAUGGUACUGAUGGAGAUAUGAAUCGAAAUCCCCAAUUCAAUGGCAACGGUAAUCACAAUAAUGGCAACAGUCAGAAUCGUGCACUGUUCCCCAAAUUUUCUGAUAUGAACUCUGCCUCUCCUGCCUUUUUAUCUAGGCUUUACAAUUUGGAACAUGCCCAGUUCAGCCAUAAGAGCAGACGUUCUCGCUCAGACGGGCGGAAUAAUGCUCGUGGACACAGUUUGGGUACUUCUGAAUCUCCUUUAGGCCAGAAUAGACAAGGGUCUCGUGCAGUCAGUUCCAACAGCAGCAAUAAUACUAAUACUGGAAAUGAACCUGCGUCUCCCAAACGCAGACGGCGUCGCCGCCGGGGACGAAGAAGUAGACAACAGAAGAAUGAGAAUGUUUCUGCGGAGAAUAAUGGUGAGGUAGAGGAUGAUGAUGAAAAUAUUGUUAUGGACAAGGCUGCUUCUCAUAUGAGACAAUUGGAUCUUGAUGAAGAUGGUGAUGAGGAUGAGGAAGAAGAAGAUGAUGAUGAUGAUGACAGCGAGGAUAGUGACGAGGAGGUUGUUUUCCAAGGUCGUGGAAGAGGAAGAGCAACAGGUUAG